AUGUUCAUACUUGAUAAACAACUCAAACCUGUUCAUCCUUGAUCUCACCCUCAUCUCUAAAAUCCCUAACAAUCUCUCGAUCUCCACCAAAAUCAAAUUACUUCAAUCAACCCCCAUUGAACCCACAUCUCCUCAAUUACCCAAUCCCCACUUCAAUUCAACCAUCCAUGAUCCAUCCUACAUAACCCCACAAAAUCCAAUCAAAAACCAGGGUUAGGGUUUCAAAAAAUGGCUUCGGAGGAGACCACUUUAGCCCUAUCACACACCAACAACAACCGCCACCAGACCCUCUUCCAAAACGACCCCAAUUCAAGUUUCCAUCAUCCUCUUGCUGGCAGCAGUAGUAGUAAUAACAAUAAUAACGGUAAAGCUACUCGUGAACUUACUGGCUUUAUUGAUCACCAGCACCGGUAUUAUCAGCAGAGUAUGUAUGACUCUGGCUCGAUUCGAAACCAUGGUAUGCAGAAUUGGGAUGGUGGAAAUGCAAGAGGCUCGGAUGGGUCGGAUGGUGAUGAUGAUGAAGAGGAAGAGGAUGUGGAGGGUGGUGGUGGUGGUCAUGGUAGUGAAAAGGAUGGGAGUGUGAAGUUGGAUCGGAUUUCGGCUUUUGGUUCUAGGAGGGAAGUAUUGAAGGUAGGAAGUCUUGUGCCUCCCGGAAACGAUUUAAACGAUGUAAAACCGAGUUCUAGCGACAACCACCUGCAAGAAUUGAGUCGGUACCCCCCGAAUGCCGUCACACUUGUGGACCGUGAUGGUGAAUUGUACUAUUCACAGUAUCUUCAUGGGACCGAGGGUUUAGCGUCAGGGGUCAAAGAUACAGUGGUAGAAAACGGUUGCGGGUUUAGUGGAAGAAAGGAUGUUUCGUAUGCCGGGGAAUCCGGAGACUCACUUAGAGCAAUACUCUCAGAUCCUUUAACAGGAGCGCUUAUGGAUGAUGCUAUGAUAUUGCCAUGUGGGCAUUCUUUUGGUAGUGGUGGAAUGCAGCAUGUUAUGAAGAUUAAAGCAUGUCAUACUUGUUCACGCCUCGUGACAGAAGAUUCAGUGGCUCCAAAUCUAGCUUUGCGAUCUGCUGUUUUGGCGUUUCGUAGGGAAGAAGAGUCGCAAGUUCACCAUGCGUCUAAAAGAAGAAGAGAGAGAUUAGACCAGGACAGGGCUAAUUACAAUGAUUCAAUGGACACACGAGGCAGAGGUCUCCAGUUUCCAUUUUCUGUUGCUGACCGCGUUAUCAUUAAGGGAAACAAGAGGACACCGGAGCGUUUCGUUGGUUGUGAAGCGGUUGUCACAACUCAGUGCUUGAAUGGAUGGUAUGUGGUGAAGACGUUGGAUACUGCAGAGAGCAUUAAAUUGCAAUAUCGCUCUUUAGCCAAAGUUCCUGAUAAUUCUUCCUCACAAGCAACAUCAAGCAAGAUGGCACCAAAUUGGCUAUAAUGUGCCACUGUUGCAGGUUAUAUUUAUACACAUAUGUAUACGUAUAUGGUAGUUUUAGUUCUUGUGACAGUUCGUUUGUAAGUAGAGUUGCUAGUAAUACGAUUAAUGUGUUUUGUAAACCAUACAAUAUGCAAGCGUAAAAUAUAAAGAAAGUUAUAAAGUGAUUGUAUAUUUCAGGUGCUA